GAGUGAAGAAAUGUGCCUGCGUGAUUUGUUGUCGUGCACGCACCGACCAGUCAACACUAUCGGACACGGGUUUUCCUCACCUUGUGAGGACUUCCUGCUGGUGAAACAGCUGGCGCGUGUUCAUGUGCGCACUCAGGAUGGACAGGAUCAGUUAGGUCCGUCUCCAACCCCCACCACCCCCGCUUCUCUUCCUGAGCUUAUCCGCCUCUGCUGCGCGCUCCACCGGCCUCUACCUCGGURUUUACCUCGGCAGAAGACAUGGGGGAGAAAUCAGACAUUCCCAACGAACUUUUCGAGAGCGUGCGGGAGGCGGUGGGUCGGAGGGUGAAACUGACCCUGAGGCGCAGAGUCCAGCUGGAGGUCAGAGGUGACAAGGUGGAGCCCAGAGUCCUGGCUUUGGCAUCACAUCGAGCCUAUCUGUUGACAGCUCGGGUCCCUUCUAAGGUUGAGCAGUCGUUCAGCUACUUUGACAUCCAAGGAGUCAGCAGCACCAAACCCACUCAGCUGGUGUUGGAUCAUGAACGCGGUCCUUGGAGUCUCCGCCUCAGCUCGGUGGAGGAGGUGGACGAGGUGAUCGCUCACAUCGGCAGCUAUCUCUACCGGAUCUUCCCCUCCGGGUCACCUGUGAAGAUGAUGAGGAAGUUGAGUCUGAAGCCUCCAGAGAGGUUGACGAGCCUCCAGGCCGUCUGGAACGAGCAGACCUCCACAGACCUGGGACCCUGCGGCGGCUUUUCUCAUCAGUACUGGUGUGUGUGUGACAGCCUGGGCCUGCCGUUCAGAGAGGAGGUCCAAUGGGAUGUGGACACCAUUUACCUCACUCAGGACACUAAAGAACUCAACCUGCAGGACUUUGUUCACCUGGAAAACAGGGAUCUGGUGCCAAUUAUAGCAGUUCUUGAAUACAACCAGUGGUUCUCCAAAGUCUCAUCCAAAGAUUUCAAAAUGUCCACGGAUGUUUGUGACCAGAUUUUCAAGGUUGUGGCUCGGUCCAGUAAACUCGAAGAGCUGGUUCUGGACAACGCUGGACUCAAAAGUGAUUUUGCUCAGAAACUGGCCAGUGCUCUGUCCCAGAACCCCUCCUGCACCCUUCAGACCCUCAUCCUGAGCAACAACUCUCUGGAGGACAAAGGUGUGUUCUUCUCUGAGCAAAGGAUCUUUAAAACGUCUCUCUGUGCUCAACAUGUCAAAAACKGUUUUCUCUCACAGGAAGUGUAGAGAAAUCCCUGCGUCCUUUAAGGAGUUCUUCAGCUGCUCUCAGGCUCUGACAUCUGUCAGUCUGUCAGGAACCAAGCUGCCUCUGGAGGCUCUGAAAUCGUUACUGUUGGGCCUCGGCUGCAACCCAAACCUGAGCGACGUGUCUCUGGACCUCAGCUCCUGUGAGCUGCGUUCAGGAGGAUCUCAGAUCCUGGAGGGUUGCAUCGCUGAGAUCCCCAACAUUUCCAGUCUGGAUAUUUCAGACAACAGUUUGGAUAUGGACCUCACUACUCUUCUUGUCUGGCUGGCUAAGAACCGUUCCAUCAGACACCUUUCAUUGGGCAAGAACUUCAACAAUAUUAAAUCUAAAAAUGUGGCUCAAGUUCUCGACAAUCUGGUUCACAUGAUUCAAGAAGAGGAGUCACCGUUGACCUCRCUCUCCCUGGCUGACUCCAAGCUGAAGGGAGACCUCUCCAUCGUUCUCAACGCUCUCGGCAGCAACUCCUCUCUGACCAAACUGGACAUCAGUGGAAACUCUAUGGGAGACAUGGGGGCCAAGAUGUUAGCCAAAGCCCUGCAGAUCAACACGAAGCUCAGAACAAUAGUGUGGGACAGGAACAACAUCAGCCCUCAGGGUUUACAGGAUGUAGCUGCUGCUUUAGAAAAGAACUACACCAUUCGCUUCAUGCCUGUUCCCAUCAUGGAUGCUGCUCAGGCUCUGAAGACAAACCCAGAGAAAACAGAAGAUGCUUUACUAAAGAUGGAGCAGUACCUGCUGAGGAACCAUGAGACGCGCAGAUACCUGCAGGAGCAGGCGUACAGGCUGCAGCAGGGGAUAGUCACYACCACCACUCAGCAGAUGAUGGACAGGAUGUGUGUCAGGGUGCAGGACCACCUGAACUCUCUGAGGUUCUCAGAAACYAGCUCCAUUCAGGAGGACAUGAAGGUGGCAGAGAAUCUCAUGAAGGACGCCAGAAACUCCAAAACGCUGCUCCCCAACCUGUACCACCUGAAGAGCGGCGGCUCCAAAGGUGCGUGUGUCUGUGCCAUUCAGGAUAAACUGAGGUCCAUGGCUGAGGAGGUGGCAGAAGUGAUGGACGAGCAGCUGCAGAUGAUGAUGGUGUCCAUGGUGGAUGCUGCCGAGGGACUGUGUCCUCACGUGAUGAAGAGGAGCGGCCUUCGCCAGGAGCUGCUGAAGGCCGGGGCGGGGAGGAUGACGGUUCCCCACAGCUUUGUCACCACCACGUUCAUGGAGCAGUCUGGUAUCGACAUCAUCAAUAAGAUCAGUGAAGUGAAGCUCAGCAUGGCCUCGUUUCUGUCUGAUCGCAUUGCGGACGAGAUCCUGGAGUCUCUGUCAUCAUCACAAAACACUCUGGCGGAUCACCUGAUCAGAAAAGACCAACCUAUGCACCACGAAGCACAGACUGAGACGGAAGUUCUGGAUGAGACCGUUCUGCAGCCGGAGAAACAUGACAAGGACCACAAACGGGAUCGAGACCAGAAACGUGCGCUGGAUGAUAUGGAGUCCUGCAUGAUGACUCCUAAAUCUAAGAGGAAAAGUAUUCUGGUCAGAAUGCUGCGGCCCGUAUCUGUGGCGUUUGAGAUGGAGUUUGACCUGGACAAAGCUCUGGAGGAAGUUCCGAUCCACGUCGAGGACCCGCCUCUCCCUUCCCCUCCUCCGUUACAGAGCUCGGAGAGAAUGUCGCACUACGGAGAUCUGCCYCCUCCCCCGACUCCGACAGACACCACAUCUGUGUGUCUUGGCGAGCUGCCCCCCGUGGAGCACAAGACUCUGAAUAACUGCACCAAAUUCCGCCCAAAACCGAAGAAGAGGACUAAACCCAGCAGAGCACCACUGGAGGCCGCUGGAGGCUCAGAGCAGAACAGCCUGAUGGGAAAACUGGAUGAGGGUUUAGAAGACUUCUUCACCAAGAAUGUCAUCAGACUCAGCUUUAAACUUCCCUCUGUAAAAAGUCCCUCCACCAACACGCCAGACRCAACAGAUAAGAAACGCGAAUCCAGGAAGAGUGGCUUCUUUAAUUACAUCAAAUCUCGGACGUCCCGCUCAGAGAAAAGCCCCGGAGCUGCUUCCAUCACCCCACCUCAGCUUUCCCUUAACACCAACGCACAUCCUGCUACCACCACCGAAGAGAGCACACCCACGUCUCCUACACCGCGAGUCAAAUCUCCCACCUCUGUGCCAGAAUCGCACCCGGAGCUCCACAGGGCACAAUGUUUGAACCACACAGUUCCUGAGACGGAGGCGCCUCUGGCUGCCGCGGAACCUGCUGUGGAGGAGAAAGAGGAGAAGAACGUGAAACAUAAGGAGAACACAGAGAAGACUGAAAACACAGAGAAACAAGAGAACRCAGAGAAGAAGGAGAAUCCCCACGCACAUCGCCACAUUGGGAUUCCUGUGAUGGGAAAAGACCUGCUGGCUGAGAUGAAGGCCAGGCAAGAGAAAAGGCAGGAGAAAAAGACUGAAAAGAAGGCUGAUUUAACGUCCGGACCAGACAAGGUGGACACACACAAAGCAAAGUCAGACAACCAUCCUGUUGUCCCAGUGGACACUGAAGACUCCAAACCAGAGCUGAUUCCCAGGUCCAAACCACCGAGCAUCAUCCCCAAACCUGCUACAAAAGUCCCACUGGGGUCUCGGAUAUCUGGACCCCUCAGUCCUACAAGUCCCAGGUCGUACAGCAUCUCUGUAAUCGAUGAUUCUUUAGAGACUCAAGCUGGGAUCCAUUCUCCCAAAGCGCCACUUCCUGCUCCCCGUCUGAAGAGGGCGUCAUCAGAGCAAGACAGAGGGAGCACAAGCAGCAGCUCUGCCGGACCCCUGUCUCCUCUGGAUGACGGUGACGCCUUUGAGCAGCCCGUCGUUGGUACCGAGCCCAGUUCCGGUAACCAUCAGUGGUCGUCUCUGAAGGGCUCGUCCAGUCCUCCAGCAGCCAGGGAGGACGACCGCGASCGUGCCAAGUCCCUCCCAGCCUACGUGAGAUCUCCGUCUCAGACAGAGGCAGAGCUCAGUCCAGCUGAGGGAGAGAUUCCUUCUCUGACCUCUGACCUCAAGUCUAACAACAAAUCUGAGGAUGAGUCCAGUGAGGACACUCCUUCAAUGUGAUUCCAGCGAGACGCCUGCUGUUUUUCUUUUUAAUCCUGUUUUACUGACACUUCUGCUCCCACCAACAUUAAGAAGGUCAAAACCAUCUGCAGAAGAAAAGAGGCAUGACUUUUCUGUUUUAGGUUCAUAACCUGUACAAAUACAUAUGUAUUUUUGCACCCAUUCUGCUGUUUUUGUGAACUUGAUGUUUGACCAAAACUGUAUCAUUAGCAUCUCUGUUCAGAUCCAUAAGGAGCCCAUCAGAUGGGUUUGAUCUGUGUUUUCUGUUUAAACAUGUCCAUGUAUGAAUCUCAUUUUGUCCAAAGAACUGAGGAGGAUGAACCUGACGGGUUGUCCUSUCAGACUGAAGCUGCUCUCUGCUGGUACGGCGUUAGCAGCGAUUUGGUCRUCUGCACCAGCAGAACAGCUCAAAAUCUUUAUUUUAUUUUAUUUUUUUAUGCAAGCUCAUCAUAUUAAAAAAAGAAAAACUAGUAUUUGUUCAAAAUGGACAAUGCACAUUAAUUCGAGUGACUUUACUUUAGCCAUUAAUGCUAAUUUUCAUCUGCAAUUUCUAGCAGUUUGAUGGUAAAACUCAUAAACAAAAACAUGAGAUUAAAUGAAAACAAGUGGAAUAAAGUGAAAUAGGAAAUAUUUAUAUAUACAUUAAUAGUGGUUAAGAAAGUUGGUGGUAAACUAAGACGAAAUUAAGUUUUCUUUAAAGUUGGUUAAAACACUUAAACAUGAUAACAAAGUGAUGCUAAACAUCAGGGGCAGCUGGGAGGCUUCCUUUCCUUUAGCCCAGAUUUAAAUACUUCAUGCUCUACCCAAAGAAAAAAUAUCUAGAUUAUUUAAUAGUCUAGUACUUUUAAAUAAAAAAAUAGUUUUUUUUUGUUUUUUGUCAUGACAAACAGUUUGACUUCAGUCCUGCCACAGACUCACAAACGUUCCCUGUUAAAACACCAAGUUAGUCUAAAUCUAAAUGCUCCCAGUCUCAUAGCUGUUGUAUUACAGUGUCCUUCAUGUACUGCUGCACUUAAAAAUGUAUUAUAUAUCAGUGUAAAUAUUUAUUAACAUCUGUUUGUGCUUCUGUUUAUAGAAUAAAUGAGGGGUUUAUCAGUUUCAUGCGGAAAUUAUGAUGUGAUUAUUAUACUGGUGAUGGUUUAUUGGGAGAUUUUUUUCUUAUUGUUUUAUUUUUAUUCAGUUUAAAGUGGAUUUUAUUGUUUGUCAGUCGUUUUGUUUGCCUGGAAAUGUGACCACAAGCUGUCAGAUAUGUUUGUAUGUUUAUACCAAAGCAUCUGUUCGGUUUCUACCAAUAAACUGAGUUAAAAUUGA